AUGCAUAACAACACGACUACCGAUAUCGUCAACGACUAUGGCAUCGAUGUACGAAUGAAUACGAGUAGCGCUACGGAUUCGCCGUUCCCCGAGGGAUAUGGCUGGGUCCAGCAGAAGGGGCUGGUGAGCGACUGGAUUGAGGUCUGGGACUAUGUGGGCGGUAUCCGAUUCCGUGGGUUCGUCGCGGAGAAAGCCGACGAGAAGGCUAUGGUCGUCUUCUUCGAUCAGAACGUGAUCGGAGGCGACCUCAAAGCUGGAUUGAUGGCGCUCCUCGAGCUCUGCGCGGUCGACUACUUCGCCUGCACCCGCCUAGUCGUCUGCAUUGACCGCCACACGCAGCAGCAGUCCCUGGAAGUUCUCUCCAAGGACCUCGGCUGGAUCGGCUUCCAGCUCACCACCCUCCGUGAGUUCGUCGAAGAGGGUGACGUCAUCAGCAACGAGUGGCUGUUCAUGGAAAUGGACACGUAG